GUUGUACUUCGCGUUGCUUUUGAUGAUUGAUGCCAGUCGCAAGAGCAAGACGUCCAAACGCGGAUUUGGACUGGUACAUUCAACGCAUUUCAGACCCGGGCAUAUCGUUGAACGUCCCUAGUACACUUGCAGGCUCUAACGCACUCGGCUAGCAAAGAAAUCAUGAGCAAUAACAGCAGCACUGCGCUUUUCGCCUGCUCCAAGUGCUUCACAAAGCAUCCAUUCGAAGAGCUUUCGUCCGGACAGCAGCUUUGCAAGGACUGUCGAGGGGCUUUCCCAGUAGUAAAAUGUACUUAUUGUAGAUCAGAAUUCCAGCAAACAAAUAAAACUAGUACAAGCACUAUUUGCACCAAGUGUGAGCAUAAUGUGAAGCAUUUUGGGAAGCCCACUGCCUGUGAGUACUGCAACAUAAUUGCAGCCUUCAUAGGGAACAAAUGUCAAAGGUGUACCAAUUCUGAACGAAAAUACGGCCCGCCUGUCACUUGCGAGCAGUGCAAACAGAAGUGCGCUUUCGACAGAAAAGAUGACGACAAGAAGUCACCCUCCCAAGAUCCUUCCUUUCCAAGUUCUCCUUCCUCGAUCAAGGUCGAUGGAAAGCUGCUAUGUUGGCUUUGUACGCUCUCAUACAAAAGGGCCUUGGCGAAGACAAAACAAACCGAAUCCGAAAGAAGGGCACAGCUUAAAUUGUCUUCUCGGCCGAGUAAAAGCAGAGAUAGGCUUAGGGGGCACAGCAAACGGCCGAGUCGAGUAGACGUGACAAAAGUUGACAUAAGCCGUCAUGAUUCGAACGAUUCGAGCUCACUACCUCCGGCGACCAAAUUGGCCAGGACUGGAAACCACAGGCUGCCAGGCGAUGUCCUUGACCCGCACUCUUCCGAUCACGUUGUUGCAAUGACACAACUGAAAGAACAAAUGGCCUCAAUGCAGAAACAGUUGGCCCAGAAGGAUGCUUUGCUUUUAUCAAAAGACAAGCAGAUAACAGAAUUGAAAGCCAGCCACUUUACAAACGAAACAGAACUUCGUAACAAAAUGCUGAAUUCAGAAAAGGAACAUGAAAAGAAGGUCGAAUCGAUGUCUAUUAAAAUUAAAUCCCUCCAGAAAGAAGUGGCGACGCUCACAAAAUCAAACAGAAGAAAUGCUCUCAAAGAAAACAAACUGAACAAAAUUGACAAUAACAAUGACACAGCAAAUAGUGGAAGUGGUACAGACAGUCCAUUGCCUUAACAUAUUUAUUUGUUUUAUUUUUCAAGCAAUGUAGAGCUGGCUCUCAAUAUUUUAUAGUUAAUCUAAUUUUUUUCCCCACUUUUAAGACUACUUUCGGAUGCUUAUACAAAUUUUUUAGCAUAUAUUUUUUGAAACUAGAUUGUUUUUAUACAAUGAUAAAAUCUAGAUGAACAUUUUUAUUUUAGCUCAAAAGUGUAGACAUAUUUUAAGACAUUCAUUGGAGUUUUAAAAUGAGGAAUUUCUUUCCUUUAAGAGAAACAUUGUUUAUAUAUGUAUUUUGAAUAAAUGUGAUCGAUUGUAUUUUAUCAGUAUAAUAUUGUUUUUAUCUCUGUAAAUACUACUUAUUUUUUAAUAGCAUUACUUAAAUAUUAAUAAUCUGGUGUUAAUUUUUUCAUUGUGUAAUUGUUAUACAUAUGAGAUAGUUUCAAAAAAUUGUAAAUAAACGAUUCUUGUAUUUACAUCGGACUUUGGCCCUAAUAUCCUUUGUCCAUAAAACGUUAAAAUUUUACUAUUCAUGUCUAGAAUAUAUUUCUUAUUUUGGCCAAAACUGGCUGUUUAGCGCGUUCCGAAUAUGUUUGGAAUUAACUACCUCAAUUGUAAGUUAUUGUGCUUAACAUUUACAUGUGAAUUUAAUAAAUCGUUGACUUGUAAUUUGUAAGUGUAUGUGGAUUCAGUUUAGGAUGUUACAAUUUUUUUUUUUUUUAAUAAAGAUUUUAUUUAGAAAAUACUUUUUAAUCAUAUUCUUUUGUCUGUAUAAAAUUAAAUUGUAUAAAUUAUUUGCGGGGUAAUUACUUAAGUUAAAAUUUAAAAACUGAUUUUGAACGGGUCUAGUUGUAAAAACAAGAUCAUAUCACUAUCUGCAAUCUUAUCUGAGCUGGUUUGGUAGUAAAUAGUUAUAGAUUUGAGAGUUUGUACUUAGUUUUGUUUAAAUGUUGUAGUUAAUUUUAAAACAGAAAUAACAAUAAAAAAUUAUAUUUCCUGGAAAUGACAUGUCAGUAUUUUUCUGAAUCUUUUUCCCUAGUGUUUAUUCGAUGUUUGUGUCUCAUGAAAUGCACUAUAUUAGUGUUUAUUUAUUUAUUAUAAUUGUUUAGCUUUUUGUUUUAUAACUGAUAAUUAUUGUACUUAGUACGAAUUUGAAAAUAUUAGGAAAAGAAAGCCAUUAUAAUAAAAAGAAAUUAGUUUCAAAUAUUUGUUUCCUCUGUGAAGUAAUCAAAUGGGAAAUGUAAAUAAAUGAUUAUAUAAGAUUAG